AUCAUUUCUUUGUUUCUCUUGAAUUUCUUUGUUUCUUCACUCUCUCUCUCUCUCUCUCUCUCUCUCUCUUUGUUCAACAAAUUUCUCUUCUCUGAUCAAACUUUCCGCUGAAUUAAGCAAGCCCUAAGAUCGAGACCCACAUCGAUCAAAAACCCUAAUCGAGAUCGAUCAAUCAUGAAGCGGAAGCGAGCCUCUGCUAUGGCUUCCUCCUCAUCGUCGUCUACCGUGAAACCCUCACGCUUCCCUGAAGAAGAAUCAGUCCGGUGUUGGGAGAGCGAAACGGCGUCGUCAAACAGAACCCGACCCCAAAUCCAAUCCAGAUCAAGAAAAGGAUCGAAAACAAGAAACAUCAAUGAUGUCUUAAAAGAUGAAAGAUCCAAGAUUUCUGGGAUCAACCGGAUUUUGGGGACACCCAUUCCCGUGAGCAAUAACCUGACAUGGAGGCUUUUGAAAUCUCACAUGCGAAUUGAAUCUUAUUACGGCACCAAGCUCCACUCCGCUCUCAAUGCCAUCCACGAGUGUUUCGAGCCUUCCAAAGACCCCUACACCAACAGAGACAUUGCUGAGGACAUUGUCUUCGACUUGGAAUCCGAUUCCGAGUUGAAUUUGAGAGGGUUUUACACUGUGGUUUUGGAGAGGAGAGAUGAUGUUGAUGGUCAUGAGGAGAUGAUCGGUGCCGCCACGGUGAGGAUCAAUAAGGGAGUGGCUGAAGUGCCACUCGUGGCGACUAGGCCUCAGUUUAGGAGACUUGGGAUGUGCAGGAUUUUGAUGAAUGAGCUCGAAAAUCGGCUCAUGGAAUUCGGCAUUGAGAGAUAGUAUAACCUGAUAUCUGCUUUGGCGGAAUGUGUUCAUGAGUCUUUGUAGAAUUAACAUUCACAGUGGAAUUGACUCCUAAUAACUUGAAGAAAGUCAGCAUCAUGGGUACGUCCUAAAUUUAGAAUACUGUAAACUUCAGAUCUUUUGGUUCCUAAGCAUUCUGUCCUUUAUUUUCAUCGAGUUUGCCACCCACAUUUUACGAGUGAAGCUAUCCUGUCCAAAUUUGUUGUGUAGCUUGUGAAGAGAUGGGAUGUAAUAAUGUAGGAUCAUGGGAAGCAACUGCCGUUGGAUAUAUGAAAUCCUUGUAAGCAUAAGAGCUGCCUUCAAGCCUUCUGGAUGUCUUCUUGUCAAGUUAUAUCUCUGCUGUCGUGCAAAGGGUUUUACUGUUGAGGAUUAACUUGUUUACUGUUGAGCAUUAACUACUUGUAUUUAUAUAAGCUCUAUGCGCCCCAAAUUCUUUAACAUUACUGGCAUUCUUUGGAUGCUACAGAUGGCUUGAUUCCUUGAUGAAUUUCAAUAUUGUAAAUGUUUUGUUC